AUGUCGGUGACCAGAGCUCAGCUGCUCGCCUCUGCACACGCUUUGUGUGAUGCCUUUGCGUCCAAAGCAGACAUCGAUGCGCUCUUGUCAAACUUCUCCUCCACCCACCAGAUAUCUGCCUUUGAACAUGGUGAACCUCUCCUUGCCCCCUUCCUCGGCCGGUCCUUCACAGGGUUAAGAGGUUCUCAAUCUGUCCCCGCAUAUUUCUCUCUCCUUCAGCAGCAUCUCACAUACAGCGAUAUGAGCUUUGGUGAAUGGGUUGUCGACACAGAUGUCCGGAAGGUGUGUGUCAAAGGCUGCGCGCAGUUCACCUGGGUGGAGGGCGAGGGCAAGGGACAAUCCUGGCACGAGAAGUUCAUAUAUCUGCUCGAUUUUGAUGAAGCAGCAAAAAUCACGGAUUACCAGGGGCGAAUUAUCCGACAAGAAAGAGGCAUGUUCUCUUCUGCGCUCAGGGACCAAGACUCCUGA